UUGCUUUCCCAGAAAGCAUUGAGUAAAUUGCGGCGAAUACAACCCUGGUAACAAACGUAGUUCUUCAGUUUUCCUUUCCAGAGGGCGCGGCAAUCGUUUCGUUUCUUUUGACAGAUAAUAGACAAACAUCAGAUGGCGGUAACAUUAUAAAUGUAGGUUAGAUUUGAACUAACGAUGUAAACAUAAACAUCUUCGAAGAGUCGCAGCGCGUGUAACGAUGAAACUUGUGUGCAGUGUUUCUGUGGGUAAUCGACAGUUAUCGAAUUUGGCAAUAAAUUCGAAACAAAAACAUGUCAAAUCAACACUAGCAUUGUGUAAACGUCCAAAUUCUGAAGACUACUGCAUCAUUCACUUCACAAAUCAAAACAAGACUGGAACAAAGUAUAAUAUCAAAGGAAACGUUAGUCAGAUACUGACACGUUUUAUAAACGAUGGAAAAGCCACAAUUCAGUUCAAGAUGCCCCCUCAUGAUUUAUACGUCCAGGGUGAUGUUAUUCAACUAAAGGGAUUCCUACAUUUACUUAAACGAGUUUUAGAAAAUAAAGUAUCGCCAAAGGAACUAACGUAUUCAAGUAUGUCUGUCAUGCCUGUGACUACCAAGGACAUCGCACCAAAAAAAUUAGUGAUCAGAAAGAGAUCUGAGUAUCCGAUCCGAGGACUGCCACGAACACUUGAAUUGUUAUAUAUUAACGACAUAAGUAAAUAUUCUGUUGAUAAAGGUAUUUUACAACUUUGUAAGUUGAAAAUAUUGGAUUUAAGCAAUAAUUGUAUUGAAUUUAUUCCUGAAGAGCUAAAUGUUUUACAUUUAAGCGAAUUGAAUUUGGGCUCGAACAAUUUGUAUAAAUCAAACCCAAAACAAUGGACAUGGAUGGGAGGUAAUUUAUCCACAUCUUUGACCUUGUUGAACAUAGAAUCAAACAAACUGACAUACCUUUCUGAUCAAAUUGUGAAACUUCGCAAUUUAAUCACUUUGAAUGUUAAUAAUAAUCAAUUAACGUUCAUAACUCACGGUAUUGGAAGUUUGAAAAAUUUAAAAAUUUUAAUAGCAUCAAACAAUUCUCUCUCUGUUUUACCAGGCAGCAUCAAAAAGUGCCAUUUACAGCUUUUAAAUUUAUGUAAUAAUAGCUUUACAUCAACGCGGCAAAACAAUGUUGUAGUUUCAGUUCCUAACAAUUUACCAGUGUACUCACUUAAAGAAUGUGCAGCUAGAAGAAUUUUAGAAUUAAGAUUAACGUAUUCUCCGGCAAUUAUUCCUUAUACGCUUGUUCAUUAUUUAGAUUACGCUAAAUAUUGUGUCUGUGGUAAAUCUUGUUUUGAAGUAUUUAUCAGAGUUCCUGAAAUGUUAUCAGUGUCUAGUAUUACUCAAGAACUCGUUACAUCAACAACAUCAUCGUAUUUGACGUUAGAUUGUUACUUUUGUUGUUUAAAAUGUUUUAAAAGUUCAUAUUUUAUUCGAAAUCGAAACCCUGUUAUUUGAUAGGAUGCGAUAGAUUUAAGUUAAUUUCGUUUUUUCUGCAUUACAAACAAAGCAAAUAAUGUACAUAUCAUAUAGGUGUAGUUUAAAUGAUUUAUACAUUAUAAAAUUAUGUAUUAAUGAAUAUUCGAACUCUUAAAAUGUAAAACCUAUCU